AUGUGGACCCCAAAUUUGCGAAAAACGUAUGACGAAAUCGAAGCAAAAUUACGAGCUCUUGAGGGUUUCAAUGAGCAAAUAAAUAACAAUACCAUUCUGUUCUCCGAAGUUUCUCAAAAAUUUCCUUUCGAUGCAAUUACUCAACUUGAUUUAGGCGAAGAAGAUUCAUUAUCCGAAUUGAGAACUCAACUAGAUAAAUUUAUUAAAAAACGUGAAAAAUUUAGUUACAAUAAUUCUAAUCAACCUUUUCACGAAGUUAGAAAGAAGAAUUUUUCGAAAAGUUCCACUGAAGCUUUAUUGUCGAAUGAACAGUCGAAAAAAUGUAUAUACUGCCAAGAAAAUCACUGGUCCGAUCAAUGCACAAAUUACACCACGAUUGCUGAUAGAAAAGAAAAAAUCAAAGGUAACUGUUUUAUUUGCUUUAAAUCAAAUCAUUCUGCGAAGCAGUGUGAAAGUUUGAAAAUCUGCGUGUACUGUAAAAAAAAGAGCAAACAUCAUCGAUCGUUGUGCCCUGAAAAGUUCAAACCUGGUUCCACAAAAAAGGAAACUAAAACUGACGAAUCUGCUUCAACAACUACGAACGCCACUCUUCUAUCCGAAUGUGAAGACGGAGCUCUUUUAGUCACGUCGGUAAAAUUUGGUCCAGUAAUUACUACAAUUAUUCUAGAUACUGGUAGUAAACGAACGUAUAUUACUAACAAUUUAGCUUCCAAAAUGCGAUGUAAAAUUUUGGGCCAUGAAGUUUUACAGAUAUCCACAUUCGGAAAUGAUUGUUCAUCUGUUAGAUCUAAAAUGGUUGAAUUGGAUAUUCCUGUACAAAAUGGAUUGAAAAUAAAAAUCACAGCAAAUACAGUACCGAAAAUCGCAGGUCGGAUCAGUUCUCCGAGAGCUAAUCAAAACGAAAUCGUGUCUCAAAAAUAUCCGAGUUUGAAAUUGGCAGAAUAUGACGAAAAUUUGGAGCCUGAAAUUUUGAUCGGUAAUGAUUUUAGUUUUGAUUUUCUUACGAUGGAGAAAUUACCAAUAAGUGAUUCGUUGAAUCUGAUUGGUUCAUUGUUCGGAUGGUUUAUUGUUGGUCGUUUUGACAUAAAAAACAACCAUACCGAAACUCCGAUUUUUUAUAACGACGUGAAACGAUUAUGGGAAUUAGAUAAUAUCGGCUUGAAUGAUUAUGACGAUAAAGCUGAAGAUGAUAUUGCUGUCGAGUCUUUUUAUCAAAAUAUUCGAUACGAUGCAGAUGAAAAACGAUAUUCUGUCAGUUGGCCUUGGAAAGAAUAUCCUCCUGAUUUAAAAACGAAUUACGGUCUCGCUCUUGGUCGUUUGUCAACUUUGAAGAAAAGUCUCGAUAAAGAUAAAAAGUUGUUCCAGCAAUAUGAUGAAGUAAUCAAGUUGCAGGAAGAAAAGGGUAUCAUCGAAAAGGUUGAUGACAAAGAUUCAAAAAACGAUCUUGUUCAUUACCUACCUCAUCACCCUGUUAUUACUCCAGAUGUUAUUGAAUUGUAUAAAGAAUCUAAAGAUAUUUUUAACGAUGCUUCUAUGAAUUUACGUGCGUGGAAUAGUAAUUGUAAAAACCUAAAAAAUGAAUUAUUGAAAGGUGAUGACAGUGGUAAUACUAUUGUAUCUGUUCUUGGUUUAAAAUGGGACAUUUUGUCGGAUACUUUUGAAAUUAAGCAUAAUUUACCUUCAACAAGUGUCGAAGUUGAUUCAAUAACGAAAAGAUAUGUUGUUAAAAUAGUCUCGUCAAUAUUUGAUCCGUUAGGAUAUUUAUGUCCAGUGUUAUUGUUAGCUAAAAUUUUUAUUCAGAAUUUAUGGAAAGAAAAUAUUGAUUGGGAUUGUGAAUUGUCAGUAGAUGAUAGAGUUACUUGGGAAUCAUUACACGUGAAAUUAAAUACAAUAUCGUCUGUAAAAAUCGCUCGCUUUAUCGAUAUUGAUCUCAAUGUAAAUGGUAAUGUUGAAUUACACUGCUUUGUUGAUGCUUCAAAAACAGCGUACGCUGCUGUUAUUUAUUUAAAAGGCCAAAAUGGCACUCGUUUCAUUAUGGCCAAAUCAAAAUUAGCACCCAAGCAUGGUAAUUUGACAAUUCCAAAAUUAGAAUUACUUGCUCUGUAUGUCGGUAGUAAGUUAAUGACCUUUGUAACGGAUUGUCUCUCAGAAAGUGUUAAAAUAGUAGAUCGUUAUAUUUGGUCAGAUUCAAAAUGCGUUUUAUAUUGGUUAAAAUCAAAACGAGUUCUUCCUAGAUUCGUAGAAAAGACUAUAAAAUUAAUCGAUAAAAAUGUUCAUUUUCGCUAUGUCCCAUCUUCUAAUAAUCCAGCAGAUAUAGCAAGCCGUGGUGCUGAAAUUGGCGAUUUCAAUUCUUCAUUUUGGUGGUCCGGCCCUGAUUGGUUGAAAAAUGCUGAGACUUGUUGGCCUAAAAAUGAUUUGAAUAUUUCGGAUUCGGAUGGUGAUAUAGUUUCAGGAGAUGAAGUUCAACAAGAAAUCAAUCUGAAUAUUGAAAUAAUUGAACCCCCUUUCAAGAUAGAUUAUUGUAAUUUUACCGAUUUAGGUGAGCUUUUUAAAACAACUAUGGAGAAAUCGAAAGAGAAUCUGUCCGCCGUUUGUAUUCUUUGGUUGAAAUUUGUUCAAAGGAAAUACUAUGGAAAAGUCAUCCAUUCAAUCAAAAAUAAAAUUCAUCAUGAACUUCAACGUCAGUUCGAUCUAAAAUUGGAUCAAAAUGAUACUUUGAGAUGUGCUGGUCGGUUGGCAAAUUCAGAUCUCAAAGAUGACGAAAAAUAUCCGAUCCUUUUACCUGAAAAGGAUUAUCUAACUCAGUUAAUCAUCGAAAAGAUUCACCGCGAUAAUUUUCAUGUUGGAGUUUCUCAUACAUUACUAGAAUUGAGAAAAAUGUAUUGGGUUCCGAAAGGUCGUUCUACGGUGUACAAAAUAUUACGAAAAUGUGAAAAUUGUCUAUUUUACGGUGGAAAAACGUAUUCUUAUCCAGAUCCUUCACCUUUACCAAAAGAACAAGUUACUCGAAGUUGUCCAUUUUCUGGUACAGGUAUAGAUACUUUUGGUCCAUUAUAUAUUGAAAAAGAUGAUAAUACUAUUAAGGUUUUCGGUUGUAUAUUUACGUGUAUGACAACUCGCGCCGUUCACUUAGAAUUGUUAAUUGAUAUGACUACUUACGAAUUUGUAUUAGUAUUGAGAAAAUUUUUUGCCUUGAGAGGUGUACCUUCACAUAUUGUGACGGAUAACGCGGCUCAGUUUAAAUUAAUCAAAUCAAUGUUAGAUGAAACUUCGAAAAAUUGUCAUCCCAAUGAGAAAACUGAAAACUUGACUUCGAUAGAUUGGAAAUUUAUUCCAGAGUUAUCUCCUUGGCAUGGAGGUUUCUAUGAGCGUUUAAUCGGUAUGGUAAAAAAUUGCCUUAAAAAAUCUUUUUUCAAAGUAUUAUUAUCUUAUACACAAAUGCAAACGGUUUUAGCUGAAAUCGCUUUCGUAUUGAAUUCGCGACCUUCAGUUUAUCUGGGUGAGGAAGAUAGGAAUGUAAUUUCUCCUAAUGAUCUCUUAAUUUUAAAAUUUGUUUCUUUACCGAAUAUUGACUCGAACUCGAAAAGGAAUAUUGAUAUUGUAGAAUUAUGGAAACGAUCGAAUAGGUUACUGGAUGAGUUCUGGUAUCAUUGGCGUCACCAGUAUCUUUCAAAUUUACGUGAAAGAAAUAAUUAUAUCGCGAAGAAAAAGGGAAUCGAUGUUAUUCCUAAAGUUGGAGAUGUAGUCUUAAUUGAAGGUGAGAAAAAGUUUACUCCGAGAGGUGAGUGGAGAAUAGGUAAAGUUAUCGGUAUGAAUGUGAGCGCUGAUGGGAAAAUUCGAUCAGUAUUAUUAGAAACCGAAAAAUCGAAACUCACGCGGCCUAUCAAUAAGCUAUAUCCUUUAGAAACUUCAUAA